AUGGCGGCCUUCCAUGGAUCCUCUUCCUUUCCCUCUUCUUCUUUAUCUUCCCCCUUCUCUUCUAUCUCUCGGUGCACUUACAAUGUAUUCCUGAGUUUUAGAGGUGAAGAUACUCGCAAAACUUUUACUGCCCAUUUAUAUGCAGCUUUGCGUCGAAAAGAUAUCAACACCUUCAUGGACGACAAGCUUAGAAGCGGAGAGGAAAUUUCACCAGCACUUCUCGAAGCCAUUAAAGAAUCAGCGAUUUCAAUCAUUGUACUUUCUAAAAACUACGCAUCAUCCCAAUGGUGCUUGGACGAGCUCAUGAAGAUCCUCGAAUGUAGAAAAACAAGGGGCCAACAAAUUCUACCCUUGUUCUAUCACAUAUAUCCAUCAGAAGUACGGAAUCAAACCAAUAGUGUUGGAAAAGCAUUCGCUAAACUUGAAGAAAGGUUUAAGCAUGAUCAAAUGAAGUUGCAAAGGAAUGAACCUGAAUUUAUUCACGAAAUCAUUCAAUUGGUGAAUUCGAUGUUAGUAAAAAAUACAUACUUCCAAGUUGCCCACUAUCCAAAGUCUUAUGUACAAUAUGUGAAGCCACUUUUAGAUUUAGAGAAGAAUGACAGUACAUGCAUGGUAGGUAUCUUCGAAAUUGGUGGUAUUGAUAAGACGACUAUCGCCAAAGCAAUCUACAACUCAAUUGCCUCUCUAACUGAAGCUACAGAUGGCUUCUCAAAUGCAAACAAGAUCGGAGAGGGGGGCUUUGGGUCUGUUUAUAAGGGCACAUUUCCAGGAGGUCAAGAAAUUGCACUAAAAAGACUCUCAAGUGUCUCAAGCCAAGGCUUUCAGGAAUUUAAAAAUGAGGUGACGUUGAUUGCAAACCUUCAACAUAGGAAUAUUGUUAGGCUUCGAGGAUAUUGCAUGGAAGGAGACGAAAAGAUUUUACUCUAUGAGUACAUGCGCAACGGAAGCAUAGACUCAUUUAUAUUCAGUUGGUCUCUAAACUAA